ACGCACACACAGAAAGCUUAGUGUUUGUAAUAUGCAGUUUUGUUUAAGAUGUCACUGCAAGAAUAGUGUUAAAGCCUUUUCGCAAACAUGAUUGCAGAGAGAUUAUUCAUUGAAUUGUUUAAAUGAUUCACAAAGCAUGACCAUUGAACUUUUCAAUCUCUCCGGCCUACUUUUACCUGAAAAAGAGACCUUUGACGCCUUGAAAGCUUGUGAUUAAUUAUUGUUUAGUCAGUCCAAUAAAAGGUGUUACAUCUCCUUUUAUCUAUAGGGUGUUCUCGCUGUUGCAUUUAGGAAGACAUGUCCUUCCCACAGCUGGCUUUCACCUCUGGACGAUCACCUGUUGUUUGCACUAAUGGCUGUGUUGCCUCAAGCCAGCCAUUAGCAACAGCUAUUGGCCUGGAUGUAUUAAAGAGAGGAGGGAAUGCUGCAGAUGCUGCUGUGGCUGUGGCGGCUGCUUUAAAUGUGACAGAACCCUGCAGCACUGGCAUUGGUGGAGACUGCUUCUGUCUCUUUUACGAUGCUGAAAGCAGACAGGUGAAAGGACUGAAUGGAAGUGGCAGAAGUCCUCGAGCCCUCACUCUCAGUGUGAUUGAGCAGUGUGGUUUUGAUGAGGCAAACCCCCUUCAUCCAUUCCAUGCCCUGAACAUCACUGUACCUGGAGCAGCAGCUGGCUGGUGUGACACUGUUGAUUGCUUUGGCAGCAAAAAGCUUUCUCUGAGUGACAUUCUGCAGCCUGCCAUUGAGCUGGCAGAGAGGGGGUUCCCGGUGGCUGAGAUCACUGCAUUCCAGUGGGCAAAAUGGAUGGGUGCCCUGGAAAAAUUCGGAAAGAAACCGGAAGCUUUCCUAAUCAAUAACCAGCCGCCAAAACAUGGACAGGUGUUUAAGAACCCACUGUUAGCUCAAACAUUCAAGGAGCUUGCGCAAUAUGGCAGAAGGGGCUUCUAUGAAGGAAGAAUUGCUGAGGCCAUUGUAGAGAUCAUUCAGCAGAAUGGCGGGGUCAUGUGUUUAGAUGAUCUUAAGAAUCAUGCCAGUUUGAAUGUAACGCCGAUUUGCACAGACUAUAAAGGAGUGAGACUCUGGGAGAUACCUCCUAGUGGACAAGGAAUCACUGCCCUGAUUGCUCUCAACAUAUUAGAAAACUUCUGCAUUAAAGAUAUGGACCACAACAGUGCAGAUUACCUCCAUGUUCUGGCAGAAGCACUGAAGCUCAGUUUUUCCGAUACGUCUCAUUUCUGUGCCGACCCUGACAAGGUUAAAGUACCAGUUCAAGAACUUUUGUCAAAAGAGUAUUGCAAACAGCGUUCAGAACUUAUCAGCUUUCAAAAAGCAAACAGCCAGCUGGAACACGGCAUCCCUGCAGGAAGUGACACGGUAUACUUCACUGUGGUGGACAAAGAGGGCAAUGCCUGCUCGUUUAUCAACAGUAACUACAUGGGGUUUGGAACGGGCCUAGCUCCUGAAGGUUGUGGAUUUACUCUACAAAACAGAGGGGCUUGCUUCAGUUUUGCCCAUGACCAUCCAAACUGUGUGGCUCCAGAGAAGAGACCCUAUCACUCGAUAAUCCCUGCACUAGCAACAUCCACAGCGAGUGGAGGGCUUCUGUGUUCCUUCGGAGUCAUGGGGGCUCUCAUGCAGCCUCAAGGGCAUGUACAGGUGUUGCUUAAUAUGUUUGAGUUUGGAAUGGAUCCACAGCAAGCUGUUGAUGCAGCUCGUCUUUAUGUGCAGUACAAGAAGCCUGACAAAAAAUGGCAUGUGUCGCUGGAAGAUGGAAUUGCAGUUUCUGUGGCAGAGGAUCUCAAGGAAAGAGGUCAUGAUGUGCAGUGGCCUGUAACUGGACAUGACCGGGCGCAGUUUGGACGAGGACAGGUUAUUGCCAAUGGGAGUUGGUGGGAAUCUUUGAGUUCAUGUGAUUCCAGUAAACAAGAAAGGGUUCUGUGGGCUGGAUCCGAUCCACGGGGAGACGGCUGUGCAUUGGGAUAUUAGGGUUUUAACUCUCACCUCCUGUAAAAAAAAAAAAAAAGUUUAAAGUAUGAAUCGUUUUGAUUGUUUAAUAAUGGUGCAUUUUAACUGAUUUUAAUAAGCUGCAGAACAGUGCUGAAGGCUGGUCUUUGGGUAUUUGUACUAAAGUUUAUUUAAUUUAAAAAUCACUCUCAAUAAAGACAUUUUCUUUUGAAGACUCUGCGUU